UUCGCUCGGCCUCGAAACCCUAAUCGAAGCCGUGUUUCCACUCUCGGAGCUCUUCUUCCGCCGCUGCAAUGCCGCCCAAGUUCGAUCCGACACAGGUUGUCGACGUCUACGUCCGGGUCACCGGAGGCGAGGUCGGCGCUGCCAGCUCCCUGGCGCCUAAGAUCGGGCCACUUGGGCUCUCCCCGAAGAAGAUCGGCGAGGACAUUGCCAAGGAGACAGCGAAGGAGUGGAAGGGUCUCCGCGUCACCGUCAAGCUAACCGUCCAGAACCGGCAGGCCAAGGUCACCGUCGUCCCCUCCGCGGCCGCCCUCGUCAUCAAGGCUCUCAAGGAGCCCGAGCGCGACCGGAAGAAAACCAAGAACAUUAAGCACAACGGCAACAUCUCCCUCGACGACGUCGUCGAGAUCGCCCGGGUUAUGCGGCCCAGGUCCAUGGCCAAGGAUCUAUCUGGCACCAUCAAGGAGAUCCUCGGCACCUGCGUCUCCGUCGGUUGUACCGUCGACGGGAAGGACCCCAAAGACCUGCAGACGGAGAUUAGCGACGGCGAUGUCGAGGUUCCUCUCGAGUGAGCUCCGUGACCGUCACUAUUAUCAGUUUAGGUUUUCUCUGCGUCAAAACUUCUCUUUUUUGCUUCAGUUGGUAACUUUCUUGUUCUGAGACUCUGGAUUUGUGGGUGGAGUUCGAAUGCGAUAUAAUAGCUUUAUGAAUCGUGGAUCUGUUUAUGUAUGGGUAAACAUCCGCUCUUUUUGCAAUCAAAAUUUGAUUUUGGUAAAGAA